AUGGCCAAAGAAGCAACUGUGCCAUCGGGCGGUUUCAGUCCACGCACUCCUUCGCAGCAACUGUUCAACCCAGAUGUGGUAGGAGGACAAUGGCAGCCGAUGUUAGAGAGUGAUUGCACUUUUGAACCUGAUAUGUUUCUCAAGGUCAUGCACAACUUGAUAAAAAACCCCAACAUCAUGUCCACUCAUCUCUUUCGAGCGGAUAUACUUUAUGACAGCGACGCUGAUCACACCAUCAUCGACGGACCAUCGACCACGCAAUUCAGCGACUUCACGAAACAUCUGAAGCCAGAGUAUCGGCCAUGGUAUACAGAGCUCCCUGAUCUCACCUGGGAUAGAACUUUUGUCCGACAACUCAUCCCCCGAAAUCGACAUCUCGACAAAGAUUUGCCACAAACAUGUCACUUUUACAAACAUCAGGACGGCACUUUGGAGAAGAACGUCAUUCUUUACGUCCCUCACGUUGAAGAUGCGGAAGCCAUGCCAUGGUAUCAUCCUAGAGUCCGAGCGGUUGCAUUCUCACACGACUGGUCGGUUGUAUUGAAGACCGGUGUCGUCGCAGUCCAUUACUCGCUGUUUCCAGACGUACCUCUUGAUUCAAGACUCGAGAGAACAGCUUUGCAAUUGCUGACUAAGAUUCACAAGCAUGGUCGAGGCCACCAAGCAGGCUAUCAGAAGAGAGUCCACCAUGAUCAAGUUGUCACACAAAGGAUCUUUCAAGAGACAUAUGCAAGACUCAAGAGCACAUAUGCUAGGUCCUUGAUCGAAGGCUGGGCAGAAGUCACUGACCCUGCAAAGCAUGUUUUCGAGGAUCUCGGUAUCGCUUCUUUCCUCAUCGAGCUCUGGAAGGACAUGUAUGACUGUAGCGCGCUUGAGUCUCAAGGAGACGAACCCGCGCAUACUUUUGAAGGCAACAACAAACCACCUUUCCCGGGUUUCGUCGAUAUUGGCUGCGGCAAUGGCCUGCUUGUGAACAUCUUGAUCAAAGAAGGGUUUCCGGGCUGGGGAUUCGACGCACGUCACCGGAAAUCAUGGGACACAUUCGCACCGAACGUCCAGAACAAGCUCGCAGAAGGCAUCUUAGUUCCAGAUGUUCUCCAUUCGAACGGGUCACCCGACGACGACGACAAUGACGACGACAACGACGACGACGACGUGGCAGACAUAGCAGACAGAAUGGAGGCAGUCGAUCUGCUGCAAGAUCGGGAAUUCCAUAAUGGCCUCUUCAAGAAGGGAACGUUUAUCGUGUCAAACCAUGCGGAUGAGCUCACGCCAUGGACGCCUCUUCUUGCAUAUCUGAACAGUUCUCCAUUCAUUGCUAUACCAUGCUGCAGUCAUAAUCUCGCAGGUGCUCGCUGGCGAGCGCCUGUAUCGAAAGCUGCAAAGGAGAAAGCCGCAGCGCAGCGACGUCAAGUGCCUCUAAGCACAGAUCAAGACGACACCGACCAGGUGCGCAAGCAUCAAGCCGCAGAAACUGGAACCCUGAAAAGGUCAGCGGGGACGAAGAAUGUACAAUCCGCGUAUGCGUCACUCUGUGAUUAUGUCUCAGGUUUGGCGGAUGAUGUGGGCUUUGUUGUAGAAACUGAGGUAUUGCGUAUUCCAUCCACUAGGAACACGUGUAUCAUGGGCAGGAAGCUACAGCCCCUUGGAAUCGAUGGAGAAGCAUCCAAGGAAGACCAUGUCCGCCACAUCGUGGCCAGGGAGCUCAGCGCUCCUAUAGAGGACAUUUGCAAAGAAUUUGUCAGAUGUGCUCGGAAACUGGUGGGCAAGAAGGGCGAAGCUCAUUAA